CAAAAGUCGAGAUUAGUGGGGUGCCUAGUCGCAGUGUCCUGUGGGAUGAGGGGCGAUUGAAAAAUAAGGGCCGGAAAAUCACAACAAAAUCACAUCCGUCGUUACCUGGGCUGUUGUUGUGGUCUUGAAGAAAAAGCUCGACGUGAAAAUCCGUUUCGCUGGUGUUUGACUUUGUCGUCAACGAUGAGCUCGACAAGGCCGAAUUUGGCCGUUCGAAUUGCGGUUCCGUGUGUCGCCUGGGCUUUGUCUGCCGGAAUGACCAUCGUCCUCCUGCCGUUCCUUAUCUUGUUCUGGCUAUGGUCGGCCCUCACCGAUUACUCUGACACUGUCAAAAAGAAGGACAAAUCCAGCAGCAAAGGAUCACUCGUCUCACGGGGCUUGGGCGCCAGUCAUUUCGUUCAGUUGAAGGACGUGAGCAUUCACUACAUCGAGGCUGGCGACCGAUCACGACCGCUAAUGCUAUGCCUGCACGGUUUCCCCGAAUUUUGGUUCUCCUGGCGCCAUCAGCUCAAAGAAUUUUCUACUACCCAUCGGGUCGUAGCGGUGGACUUGAGAGGCUACGGAGAUUCCGACAAACCCAACGGACGGGACGCUUACAAAAUGGACAAGUUGGUGGAUGACGUCCGCCAAAUCAUCGACAUUCUAGGUAAUGGCAAGUGUGACGUCCUACUGGCUCACGAUUGGGGGGCUGGAAUCGGUUGGGAAUUAGUCAUCCGCCAUCCGGAAUUGGUCCGACGUUUUGUGCCCAUGAAUUGCCCCCAUCCGGCCGCCUUCAUCGACAUCAUUUCGACCGAAUACUCGCAAAUUCUCAAGUCUUGGUACAUGAUUUUCUUCCAAUUGCCGGUCGUUCCAGAAAAGUUACUCACUGCAUUUGGGGCGUCUCUCUUCUGCUGGGUUUUCCAACGUCCUGGACUCGAACACAAAGACGCCAAAGCCUAUUUGGAUCUCUAUCAGCAUCCGAGUGAUUUGACUGGUCCGAUCAACUAUUACCGGAGCAUGAUCGAUCCUGAUACGAUGGGUCAGCCGGGAAAGAGAGUCAAAGUACCGACCUUGCUUAUCUGGGGCGGCGAGGAUCGUUUCCUUAACAUCUCAAUGGCUCAUCGAUCAGCCAAAUGGGCGGAAAACUUCACUCUUGGCCUGAUUCCCGAAGCGUCACAUUGGGUGCAACAAGACGCUCCCCGCAGCGUCAAUGAAAAAAUUCGGGAAUUUCUGUAAAAAAAAAAAAUCUUUAAAAUUCAAAAACUUGACUCCGAAAAACAAACUUUGUGUGUGGGAUAUUAUGAAAAAGUUUCUUGACUUGCGCGUACAACCUUAUAGCUUAUACUCUCACCCCCACAAAGUAAAUAUGUAAUUCCAAGGUUCAAAGUAUAUCACAAAAAUUCGAGUCUUAGAAAAAACCCCCGAGUAUAAAAAUGUGAAAUGUAAUUUAUAGCCGACGUUGAUGGAUCUAUUCAGGUCUCCCUCAUCUUUUUUUUUUCUUUUUUUUCUUUUUCUUCUUUUUCAUUUUUGUUUUAUUGCUGUUGUACUACACACACCACCUGAUGGUUUGAUUGACACACCACCUCAUAGGCCUAGACUUGUUGAUUUUCUUUUCUUGUCGUAUAAGUCCGAAGCUGAGAAAACAUUCCCGGAGAUGUUUUUGGACGAGACGGUCCGAAAAAUCCCAGGAAAUGAAGAGAUUAUUACAAGCUCACAUGUACAACUUUUAGAUGGCCCUUUUGUUAUUUUAUCCCCCCACUCCGGAAUAGAUUUCUCUCCUCCUCCGCUGUUGUUGUUGUUGUUGUUGGUUCAGUGUCUCUGACUGAUCCACUUGGAAUACAACUAAAACAUUCCCA